UGAGUACACCAGUAUUCACUCAGUUUCAGUUUACUCUUAGCGCUGGUGUUCCUGAAUUGGCUUCUUUUGAACUAUCCACUGAGUUUUUGGUCAUACCACAUCCUGUUCAGUUCGACAGCAAUUUGAACAUGGUGUGUAGUCACUGUCCAAAGUGAGGGGAGUCGGACACUUUGUAAGGUUAUUAGCGGUCCUCUGAGCUUUGGCAGACGGUUGAGCAGAUAUGGCAGAGAGGGUGCAGGUGCUGCCGUACUUCUUCGGCAACAUCACGCGAGAGGAGGCGGAGGAGUACCUGCGGCAGGGAGGAGCGGGGGACGGCCUGUACCUGCUGCGCCAGAGCCGCAGCUUCCUCGGCGGGUUCGCUCUGUCGGUGGCCUACGGUCGCCAGCUCUACCACUACACCAUCGAGAGGGAGAUGAACGACACCUACGCCAUCGCCGGCGGAAAAUCUCACGGAAACCCCAUAGAUGUGAUCGACUACCACUCGCAGGAGUAUGGUUUCUGCGCAUUUUAUAACUGA